AUGAAGAAGGUGUACAGAGUAUUAGACCAGGAGGAGGGGAUCGAGGUGGCAUGGAACCAGGUGCGGUUCCGGAGCUUCAGCGAGGAUCGAAUGAUGAUCGACUGGCUCUUCACUGAGGUUCGGCUCCUCCAGGAGCUCCGGCAUGAGAACAUCAUCGCACUGUACCGGGUGUGGAUGGACUCCAAGCACGGCACCCUCAACUUUAUCACCAAGAUCUGCACCUCCGGCGACCUCCACGAGCACCGGAAGUGCCACCGCAACGUCUCCCUCAAGGCUCUCAAGAAAUGGUCCCGCCAGAUCCUCAUGGGGGGAUCUUUGUUAAGAAAGUUCAUUUUAGAAGAUGAAGAACUUUGCCUCUUUUUAAUUUUAAUAAUUUUGUUCUUUCUUACCUUUUUUGUUAGUUUUGUAAAGCCAUAUGUCAAUUUUUUUUAG